AUGGAUAUCUGUUCCGCCGUGCCGACGUUCCUGACCGACAGCUUGGAACUGGAGCUGGCAACCGAAUGGUGCAAACCCCCUUGCUUUUCUUGUGCUUUUGACAACAGAGAAGGAGGGGAACAUUUUUCUGGAGAGUCCUACCUUUCCAGCGGAGCUCUUAAGCGUUUUCAUUUCAGAUUAAUUUUGAAUCUUGAUCCUUUACCAAAUAAUUUUGAAGAGGAUACAGUGGAAAUAUUUGGCAUUCAGUGGGUUACUGAAACAGCAUUAGUGAAUUCAUAUAGAGUGCUGUUUCAUUUAUUCAGGCAACAACUGUAUAACUUGGAAACCUUACUACAGGCCAGCUGUGAUUUUGGGAAGAUAUCAACCCUACACUGCAAAGCGGACAAUAUUAGGCAGCAAUGCAUAACAUUUCUUCAUUAUGUUAAAGUUUUCAUCUUCAGGUACCUGAAAGUACAAAAUGCUGAGAGUCACGUUCCUGUUCAUCCCUAUGAGAUGUUGGAGGCAGAGCUUCCCUCAGUAUUGAUUGAUGAGCUUCACGGAUUACUCUUGUAUAUUGGACAUCUGUCUGAACUUCCCAACAUUAAUCCAGAAACAUUUGAAAAUCAAAAUCAGAUUAAGCUUUUUCUACCAUCAUGGCAUUUAUUACAUCUCUACUUGGAUAUCCAUUGGCUGGUGCUAGAAAUUCUUCAGAUGCUUGGUGAAAAAAUGAAACAAGUUGUGUAUGGUCAUCAGUUUAUGAAUCUGGCAGGUAACAAUUUAACCAAUGUCAGCCUAUUUGAAGAACACUGUGAAAAUCUCCUUUGUGAUUUACUAAGCCUGUCACUCAGCAGAUAUGAGAAGGUUAGGCUUUCUGAAGCAUUAACGAGUCACCAUUGCCCAUGUUCAUGCAUUAAAGAAUUAUGGGUUCUACUUAUUCAUCUUCUAGGCCACAGAAGUAAAUGGUCUCUCUCAGAAUCAUUUUGGAACUGGUUGAACAAACUUCUUAAAACACUCUUUGAAAAGUCAAGUGACCAAAGAAGACCUUCUAUGCCUGUGAUCCAGCCCAAGGAUCCAUUAGGUUUUAGUUGGUGGAUUAUUACUCAUGUAGCAUCACUUUACCAGUUUGAUCGCCAUGGAGCACCAGAUGAAAUGAGACAAAUGGAAUCAAAUUGGAUCUUUGUAGAAGAACUGCUGAAAAGGUCUAUCAGUGUUCAGGAUGGUAUACUAGAAGAGCAAUUACGAAUGUAUCUUCACUGUUGUUUGACACUUUGUGAUUUCUGGGAGCCGAACAUCACAAUUGUCACCAUUCUAUGGGAAUAUUAUAGUAAGAACCUGAAUAGUACUUUCAGUAUUUCUUGGCUUCCUUUGAAAGGCCUUACAAAUACUACGUCACCCUUGUCUAUGCUAGAAACAGUGGAGACCUGUUGCUCUGAUAAACAAGACUACAACCUGUAUGAAUCCAGAAGUAGUUACAUCAUUUUCCUUUGCAUUUUGGCCAAAGUUGUUAAGAAAGCAAUGAAGCACAAUGGUCCGCAUCCUUGGAAACAAGUCAAAGGAAGAAUAUAUUCCAAAUUCCAUCAAAAAAGAAUGGAAGAACUAAGUGCCGUUGGUCUGCAGAAUUUUUUCAACCUUUUUCUACUGUUAGCAGCUGUUGCAGAGAUAGAAGAUGUAACAAGUCAUCUUUUAGACCUCCUGAAUUUCCUUAAGCCUGCCUUAAAAAUAUCACAUCUCCUUUGGAAGGGUCAGGCAGCCUUCCUCUUGAUGUAUACCCAGAAAAAUCUGGACAUUGGUGUUUUGGCUGACAAAUAUUCAGCUGCGUUCCGGGAAAAAGCAAAGGAGUUCUUGGUAUCUAAGAAUGAUGAAACGGGACAAAGACAGACUCUCUGGACACUUCUUUCCAUCUAUAUUGAUGGUGUUCAAGAAGUGUUUGAGACAAGCCAUUGUUUGCAUCCUUCCCAUGAAACACUGCUUAAUGACGGAUUUAGUAUGCUCCUGCCAGCUUGUCAAGAAUCUGAAUUUAGGACAGUCCUGCACUUUCUACAAGCUGUCCUGGCCAAAAUCAGGAAUAUGCAUCAACAAUUGUCUCAGGAACUUCAAAAGGAAAAUGUGGACCUAGUUGUUCAGUCUUCAUUAUCGGCUAAAGAGCGCCACCUUGCUGCAGUUGCCAGUGCACUAUGGAAACAUUUCUUUUCAUUUUUGAAGAGUCAGAGAAUGUCACCAGCAGUGCCCUUCUCACAACUUGCAGAUGCCGCUGCAGAUUUUACUUUGCUAGCAGUGGAAAUGCCCAGCACAGCUCCAUCAGAUCUUCAGCCUCGGCCAGUAGAAACAAUGAUACAGCUUUUUGGUUGGGAUGGUAUCACCUGUCCCCAAGUUGUAGCAAGAUAUUUAAAUCAUUUUCUCCAAAAUAGCAUGUUAUGUGAUGCACUUUCUUCUUCAGGCUGUGUAUCUUUUCAAGCCUUAACUAUAAGAUCAUGGAUCCGUUGCAUUUUGCAAAUGUAUAUAAAAAACUUCAGUUUACCUGAUGAUUUAUUAGUUGAUAUAAAUCCUGAACAGGCAGUUGAAAAAGAGUACAUGGAACAGUUGACUGAACUGACCAGGUUGCUGUUUAAACUCCCAGAAAUAAAGAAUAUUUUCUCAAAGGCUCAAGUUGACUUUUUACCCAUCCCAGAAGACCCUGAGAAAGCACUUGUUCAAUUUCUUGAGGCUGUUGGUAUAACUUACGGGAAUCUGCAGAAACUUUCUGAUAAAUCUGCCAUGAUUGCAAAGUCCUUAGAAUACCUUGGUGAAAUAUUAAAAUAUAUAAAACCUUAUUUGGGAAAAAAUGUUUCCAGUGCAGGUCUACAACUGACGUAUAGGAUGAUGGGACUCCUUGUUAAGUCAUGGGCACAGAUCUUCGCCACCUCUAAAGCCCAAAGGUUACUGUUCCAGAUCAUAGACUGUUUACUGCUGCCACAUGCAGUGUUACAGCAAGAGACGGAGCUGCCUGCACCUAGACUGACUGCAAUUCAGAAGAGUCUUCCUUUGUAUCUCCAGGGCAUAUGUAGCGUGUGUUCUCUGUCUCAGAAUGCAAAUGCCUAUUUGAAUCAAUUGCUGGGGAAUGUUACUGAGCAGUAUAUCAAGCGGUUUCUUCCAGCUUCACCACAUGUUUUAGAUCUUGGACAGCAUCCAGUUUUGUUGGCAUUGAGAAACUCAGGCAAUGUUGCCCCGAUGUCAUCCCUAAAGAAAUGCAUUGCACAAGUCAUAAGGAAAUCAUACUUUGAGUGUAAACAGUUCAUGCAUCCUCCACGCUUAGCAUCCAUUCUGGCCUUUAUGCUUCAGCUCUUCAAAGAAACUAACGCAGACAUUUCUGAGGUUGAACUGCUGCUCCCUGGUGUCUUAAAGUGCCUGGUGUUGGUCAGUGAACCACAAGUUAAAAGGCUAGCCACAGAGAACUUGCAGUACAUGGUAAAAGCCUGCCAAAUGGGGUCAGAAGGAGAACCUGCUGCCCAGCUGACUUCCGUGUUUAGGGAUUGUAUCCAGGACUAUGGUAUGAUGUACGCUAAUCAGACUUACAGCAUUUUAGAAUCAGUAGCAGCAGUGGACCAGCAGGUUGUCAUUCACUUGAUUCCUACCCUCACUCAGUCUCUGAAAGACUCAGAGCAGAAAUGGGGCCUUGGCAGAAAUAUCGCUCAUAGGAAAGCCUAUAGCAAACUUUUAUCUCACCUGGGACAAGUGGGACAAGAUGAGAUGAAGAGACUGGAAAAUGAUAACACCUGA